AUGGAUUUGGAGAACCUGAAUGAGCUGUUGGAGUGUUUAAGUGCAGUAAAUAGUACAGGACUGAAUGGAAGUUUAGAGCUGAGCGACUCUAACAGCACCUGUGGAGAAGACUUUAUUCCUAUCAUACCAGCAGUACGAACAAAAGAAAUGGACUCAGUGAGAAUACUGCUAUACUCGCUCAUCUUCCUGCUCAGCAUCUUUGGCAACCUUUUAAUCAUUGUGGUUUUGGUGGUGAACAAGCGCAUGCGAACCGUCACGAACUCCUUCCUCCUAUCCUUGGCUGUGAGUGACCUGAUGAUGGCUGUGUUCUGCAUGCCCUUCACGUUCAUACCCAAUCUUCUGGAGGACUUUAUCUUCGGAGCUGCCAUGUGCAAGAUUGUGGCCUAUCUCAUGGGAAUUUCCGUCAGCAUAUCCACCUUCAGCCUCAUGGCCAUAGCCAUCGAGAGAUACAGUGCUAUCUGUAAUCCUCUAAAGUCCCGCGCCUGGCAGACACGUUCUCACGCGUACAAGGUGAUUGCUGUGACCUGGACUUUGUCCUUUCUCAUAAUGACUCCGUACCCAAUCUUUUCCUCACUUGUGAGCUACACCAAAUUUAACAACACCACUGCACACAUGUGCCGCCAUGACUGGCCCAAGGACCAGGUGCAGCAGGCUUGGUGUGUACUGCUGCUUUUCAUUCUGUUCUUUUUCCCUGGAGUCGUAAUGAUCAUUGCCUAUGGCCUCAUCUCCCGGGAGCUCUACUGCGGAAUACAGUUUGAACUGGAGCAGAAAAAAGGACAGAGAACACAGCUGGGUGGAAGUGCCACAGUUUCAUCGGGCAUCGAUCAUGGUGACGGUUGCUACAUUCAGGUAUUGAACCGACCCAACUCCAUGGAGAUGUCCAAUCUCACCCUAGCAGCUUCUACUAAGGUGGACCGUCCUCGCAGCAACACUUCAGAGAUUAAACUCAUGGCCAAGAAGCGUGUAAUACGCAUGCUGAUCGUUAUCGUGACCAUGUUCUUCAUCUGCUGGAUGCCUCUGUAUUCUGUAAAUACUUGGAAGGCCUUUCAUCCGCCAUCAGCCUAUAGGGCUCUUUCAGGUGCCCCUAUCUCUUUUAUUCACCUGCUGGCCUACACCUCUGCCUGUGUCAAUCCCAUCAUCUACUGCUUUAUGAACAAGCGCUUUCGCAAGGCGCUGCUCGCCACCUUCUCCUGCUGCUGUCGGCCUUGCCGCCCACAGGGCUAUAAAGAGGGAGACGAUGAUGUCACAGCCACCGGGGCAUCUUUGUCUAAGUUCAACUACACCACCAUCAGCACUAUGGGGCCAUGCUGA